AUGGUUAGUCGUUAUACUUUACGCAUUUUCUAUCUACUCAUCGUCGUUAUCAUUCUUUUCAAAGUCUUCAACCUUGGUCUACCGAACGAAUUGGAGAGUCCCAUCAGCAAGGAUUAUUCAGUUUACCAUCACGACAGUAUCGCGUAUGACUAUUAUUCGAAAACUGAACUUCAACAAUCAAAAAUCGGCUAUCAAUGGAAUAUCUGGCCACUCCCGAAUGAUAUAAAUCCAAACGAUAUCUCACCAGCUCAUCCAACAAAUCUCUCCUUUGUCGAUGUGAUUUACAUAAUGACAAAUGCUCGCCUAGUCGAACGACAUGAGCAUCUGAAAAAAGUCUUUCAUCGGCAAGGAAUCUCCAUGUCAUCAGUCCAAUGGAGAAUGAAAUGGAAUCGAACGACAUGCCAUUCAUCUCUUUCACAAGUUUAUGAACGUUUGAAUUUAAAAAAUCGAGCCUUAACUCACGACCAACAACGACGAUGUGCAAUCACUAUGGAACAUGUCGAUACCUGGUAUGAAAUAGCUAAACUGAACAUUCGUUUAGCAUUAAUUCUCGAAGAUGACGUCAUCUUCGUUCCGUAUUUCAAAGAAAAACUUCUUCGUAUGAUCUCUACCCUUUUCCGCACUGGGGCAUUACAUUUCAACAAAACCUGUCUAACACGAAAACAAAAACAGAUCGCAUCGAAUGAAUGGAUUGAUCAAAAUCCGAUGUUUGUCAUCGGCACAUGUUUCCAGUUUCAUGAUGAACAUUUUCAAAAAUCUUCACCCUAUGCUUUCCCACUGUUAUCCACACAAAAAUUCAAUGCAUCACGAUGUACACAUGCUUACCUAUUAACACCAUGCUCAGCUCGAGCACUGAUUGAAGAACUUCAAAUGCAGAAAAACGACUUUCAGAAUUCAGAUUUUCUACAGAAUUAUUUAUUUCGUUUAUCAUCAACACUACAAUCAUUCUGGAUGGAUCCGCCAUUGGCUUAUCAAGGCAAUCAAAUCCAUGACUAUGAUCAUAUCAAAACUUUUCGAAGUCAAACAUAUCUCGAUUGA